AUGAGCAAAACCUCUAUACCUGUUUCAGAAACCACUAAGCCUGUCUCGGAUGGAGGUCAUGAAAUAAUUGGAAACUAUUUGCAUAAUGAUGCAUCCGAUCAUUCAAAUGGUAACUCCAGGAAACCAUUUGUUAGGUCCCACAAACAAAAUGGGAGAACAGCAAAGCGAAGAAUAAGAGGAAAAAGAUAUGAGCAUACGGUGAAUGAAACUCUCCUUCGAAAUGCCUUUUUUCAUUGCAUUUAUUAUCUUCGCCUCCUUGGAUGGGCGCUAUGGAGAAGUUACUUGAUUUUUAGAUUCUUGGUCCUCUAUCGUAAACGGAUCACUUUCAUCACUUUUCUGUUUUUAAUAUUUCCAUUUCUUUUUCUGACGCAAGAUUACGAACCUAUACGACUCCGGAUCAUCCACUUGAUUAUUGAUUAUACUCAUCGGUUUACUGCUAUAUGGAAGCCCGGCUUUCAGCCUCCUGGUUCUCCGUUUUCGAAAGAAUCUGUGAUUAUCUCUUAUAAUAUGUACCGUGAUUACCCAAAACUACAUAAACUGCUAUGUACGGCUAUUUCUUUUCCCUUAUUUCUCCAACCAAUUGAUGCAUUAGUUAAUAACUUUAGUCGACUUGACGGCGGCUCGGUUGACCCAAGGUUUGAAGAUUUUUCUUUACUUUUCAAAGCGAUUGUUCAAAAUACAACAGAGCUAGAGAGCAAUUACAACCUUCUAUGCGCGAAAGAUGUUUUAAGUUUGGGAAAUUCCAAAUUGGACUUGUUGGAAGCCAAUACUCAAGCGCUUUAUCAAAAAGUAUCUUCUUUGCAUCAGUGUUCAAGGAUGGUCAAUGAUAUGGCACUUUAUGUGAACAACUUUGAGCCAUACGACACGAUCUAUCAUACUCUGAUAUUAAGAGACGUAGAGCUGGACUUUGUUUCCUUAAUUUUAAACUAUACGCGUCUAUUGCCAGAUAUAUUAAAUACUCAACAUGUACUACUAGGCCUGGUAUAUCCUAAGGGGAUAGCAACAGCAUCAGAAGCUGAGUUUGAGCAUCAUUCGACAAAGCCUAAGGAACAUAAUAAAAGCAAUCAUUUGGAGAAUCAGCCAUCCACUCUUACGAAAUUCGUUUCUCAUGACGAUCUAACAAACCUUACGAAAGAUUUGGAUGACGCUCGAAAAGACAUAAUAAAAACCUUUGAAUCUAUUUCACUAAAUAAUUCUUUCGAGCAUCGGAAGGAUCUGUCAAGAAGAUAUGCAGAACAAACACUCAACCGCUUAAGAAGUUCAAUGGCCAGUCAACCAAACUUCGCCUUGAAAGCUGUGGGAGCAUGCAUCGAUUAUGCAUGGACAUUUCCGAAACCAACAAUUUCCGAGAUUUUUAAAGAAUACUGGAGCAAAACAACAAAUGUACCUGCUGUGUUAUUAACCGAUAAUAUUGACAGUUGCUGGUGUUCGACUGGAUCCCUUGUACAAGUUGCUAUCGAAGUUUCAAAGCCUAUACAUAUCAGUCAUAUCUCUUUGUUACAGCCUGUCCAUGGAGACUUUUCAAAGUUCCCUGAAAAGUUGCGAAUAUUUGGACUACUGGAUAAACACACCAAUGCCAAUGAAACAUUGAAAAACCAAGAAUCUCUUCUACUACUUGGAGAAAUACCAAUUCCUUCAAUGUUAUCAACCAUUUCAACGGUGUUUCACCUAUCUGAUUAUUCUGAGAACCCAGAUCGAAUAACUCAACUAUAUUAUAAAAGCUUUGUCAUACAAGCAUCUUCAUCUAAAGAACUAUCCGACUCUCUUUGCUUGUACCAUGUUGGCGUUCAUGGAAAGGAAGCAAACCUAUAA